ACUCUGACACUCUCUGAUCUCAAGCCGAAGCGGGGACCAGUGUCGGGUGGCACCCAGGUGACAAUUACGGGCAACAACCUUAAUGCAGGUAGCAACGUCAUUGUGACCUUUGGGCGACAACCCUGUCUCUUCUACAGGAGAUCCACCAAGCACAUUGUCUGUAACACCACUGCCUCAGAUGACGGCUUUGAGAAGGUGAAGGUGUCCGUGAGGGUGGACAAGGCCAAGAUACAUCAGGAGCUGCAGUACGAAUAUGUGGAGGAUCCAACCAUCCUGAGGAUUGAGCCUGAGUGGAGCAUCUUCAGUGGCAACACACCCAUUGCAGUGUGGGGAACUCACCUAGACCUGAUCCAAAACCCUCAGAUCCGGGCAAAACACGGUGGAAAGGAGCACGUUAAUAACUGUGAGGUGCAGAACAGCACGGAGAUGACCUGCCAGGCUCCAGCACUGGCUGUUGACCCCGGUCACCAGUCUGAGCUUGCCGAGCGUCCAGAGGAGUUUGGCUUCAUUCUUGACAACGUGCAGUCCCUGCUCAUCCUCAACAAAACCAACUUCACCUACUAUCCAAACCCAAUCUUUGAAGUUUUCAAUCCCUCAGGGAUCCUGGAGCUGAAGCCGGGAAGCCCAAUCAUACUGAAGGGCAAGAACCUGAUCCCACCAGUGGCGGGAGGGAAUGCCAAACUGAACUACACUGUUUUGGUUGGUGAGAAGCCCUGUGCAGUGACUGUAUCAGAUGUGCAGCUGCUGUGUGAGUCCCCAAACCUCACUGGACGGCACAAGGUGAUGGCUCGUGUAGGAGGGAUGGAGUUCUCCCCAGGGAUGGUCUACAUCUCUCCAGACAGCCCCCUCAGCUUGCCAGCUAUUGUCAGCAUUGCGGUGGCCGGUGGCCUGCUCAUCAUUUUCAUCGUGGCUGUGUUGAUUGCGUACAAGCGCAAAUCCAGAGAAAGCGACCUCACCCUCAAGCGUCUGCAGAUGCAGAUGGACAACUUGGAGUCCAGGGUGGCACUGGAGUGCAAAGAAGCCUUUGCAGAGCUACAGACGGAUAUUCACGAGCUGACAAGCGAUCUGGAUGGAGCUGGGAUCCCUUUCCUUGAUUACCGAACCUACACCAUGAGGGUGCUUUUCCCUGGCAUUGAAGAUCACCCAGUCCUAAGGGACCUGGAGGUCUCCAGCCUGCAGUGGUGGGAGGACGGCAAGAUCCCAGCACUGGUCCCUGGCUAUAGGCAGGAACGGGUGGAGAAAGGCCUGAAGCUCUUUGCCCAGCUCAUCAACAACAAGGUUUUCCUGCUGUCUUUCAUCCGCACGCUGGAGUCCCAGCGCAGCUUCUCCAUGCGGGACCGUGGUAAUGUGGCCUCACUGAUCAUGACAGUGCUGCAGAGCAAGCUGGAAUAUGCUACUGAUGUCCUCAAGCAACUCUUGGCUGACCUCAUAGACAAAAAUCUGGAGAGCAAGAACCACCCCAAGCUGCUGCUCCGGAGGACAGAGUCUGUGGCUGAGAAAAUGCUCACCAAUUGGUUCACCUUCCUUCUGUACAAGUUUCUCAAGGAAUGUGCUGGUGAACCUCUGUUCUCCCUUUUCUGUGCCAUCAAGCAGCAGAUGGAAAAGGGUCCCAUCGACUCGAUCACUGGGGAGGCCCGGUACUCACUGAGUGAGGACAAGCUUAUCCGACAGCAGAUUGAUUACAAGACGCUGGUCCUGAGCUGCGUGAACCCCGACAACGUGAACAGCCCCGAGAUCCCAGUGAAGAUCCUGAAUUGUGACACCAUCACGCAGGUCAAGGAGAAGAUCCUCGAUGCCAUCUUCAAGAACGUGCCCUGCUCCCACCGGCCCAAAGCUGCUGAUAUGGACUUGGAGUGGCGGCAAGCAAGUGGGGCAAGGAUGAUCCUUCAGGAUGAAGACAUCACAACCAAGAUAGAGAAUGACUGGAAGAGACUCAACACACUGGCACACUAUCAG